GCAGAAAUGACUUCCUAAUAUAUAUUUUACUAUUAAUGAUAUGGCUGCAUUGUUUCUAGUGUAAUAAGAUUUUUUUUUUCAUUUGGCCCACACAUAUUUGGCCAGCAGUGUUGUUGGAAACUACAUUUACCUUAGCGUGAGUGAUGGCUAACUAAUUAACCAUCUACAAACCCAGUGGGUCAUAGAAACCAUUCCCUUAGCUUUGUUUCUCCACAACAACUGUCUUCUUCCUCAGCUGUAAUUAGGCCCACAGAGGUCAUAUAGCUCUGUAACCAUCCAUAUGUACAUUUCUGCCUAUUCUUUGUAUUGUGUUUCUUUUCCAACACCAAUUUGGGUAAAUAAAUACUUAAAUAAAUUCUAGUAUGUGCCAUUCCUUCCAUCGAGAGAGCAGGGGCCAUUUUUCGGUCUCCAGAAACCUGGGAAACAAUAGACACGCCCAAUUUCAAUUUCACUGUCAACUUGUGCCUUAUGUAUGACACCCAUGCAAGCCAUGGAGGACCACAGACUAGCACAUGGACCCUUCUGUGAGGUGUAAAGUGUUUUUCUUUUCACUCUUUACUCUGAAUGGGGGCGGCACGGUGGCUCGGUGGGUAGCACUGUCGCUUCACAGCAAGAAGGUCCUGGGUUUGAUUCCCAGGUGAAGCUGUCCUGGUCCUUUCUGUGUGGAGUUUGCAUGUUCUCCCUGUGUCAGUGUGGGUCUCCUUUUACAGUCCAAAGACGUGCAAGUGAGGUGAAUUGGAGAUACAAAAUUGUCCAUGACUGUGUUUGAUAUUAAACUUGAACUGAUGAAUCUUGUGUAACCAGUAACUACCUGUUCUGACAGUGAAAUACUAAUACAAUAAAUAAAAUAUAAAAUGAAUAAAUUACUCAGUAGAUUUCACAUUUACAUUUUGCUGAAACUGUCCUUUAUGCUGCUUACUAAUUUUUGGGCGGCAGGGUGGGUAGCACUGUCGCCUCACAGCAACAAGGUCCUGGGUUCGAUCCCCAGGUGGGGCGGUCCGGGUCCUUUCUGUGUGGAGUUUGCAUGUUCUCCCUGUGUCUGCGUGGGUUUGCUCCGGUUUCCUCCCACAGUCCAAAGACGUGCAAGCGAGGUGAAUUGGAGAUACUAAAUUGUCCAUGACUGUGUUUGAUAUAACCUUGUGAAAUGAGUAACUACCGUUCCUGUCAUGAAUGUAACCAAAGUGUAAAACAUGACAUUAAAAUCCUAAUAAAUAAACAAACUAAUUCUUAUUUUUUAUGUAAAAGGGGUCAUCAGAAACAGGUGCUCACGAUGUACAGUCCAAAAGAGCUUGAGGGGGAAGUGGAUCAUUCCUUUUUUGACAGCGACUGUGAAGCAGGCAACACAAUCAGCCAGGAUUUGAAAGAUGGAGAAAACAACAAUAAGAAGGAACCAAAUGAAGCUGGAGCUGAAACAUCUAAACUGAAUGGAAAGGUCCAGGAGGGUCGAAUCAAGCAAACUGAAAAUGAAGAUGCCACAAAUGAGGAGAAAAUGCUAGAGAAAGAGCUUUCCAGGCUGGACGUUCAGAGUGAGAAAAUAUCAGAGAUUAGUCCUGAAUGUAUGGAUACUAUUAGAAAAGAGGAGUGUUCUCAUCAGAAGAGUGUGAGGGCAGAAACAAAGGAGGUGGAAACUAAAGACAGAGAAGAUCCUUCGGACAGGAGGGAUGAGACUGGCAAAGAUAAAAAAGAUGAGUCAGAAAGGGAGGACUCGGAUGCCUCAUCCAGGAGGUCCUCACCUCUCCCUUGUUCUGACGGGUCAGUGUCGAGUCGAGGGAGUAAAUCAGACGACUCGUCCAGCCUCUGUUCCUACUCUGAGUCAUCGGCUGAAGAAGACGAUGCUGUUUUUAAAAACGAGGAUGAUGGCGACCGUCGGAGUGACCCUGACAGCAGGAGGAAUGAAGACCGGAAAUCGUCAAAGACCACUCCCAAAAAAACCACAAGCAAAUUUCGACAACGAAGUCUUAGCCAUUCUGCAUCAUCUAGUAGUGGUGAGAACAGCCCCACCCCCUCACACCAGCCCUCUGCUGCCCAGCAUAACGUAUCUCCACGCAGACAACCACGAACUGGUUCGGGCAAGCAGAAAGAAAGAAAGAAAUCUACAGAAACACUCGAUUCUGAAGACACAAUAACAGACGUUACCCCCUUGUCCACUCCGGAAGUUAGUCCCCGACAGUUGGUUGACCUAGCCCUGCCUAGUAAUCCAGUCCUGUCUAAUGAAGCCUUAGUAACUGCAGAUGGACCGCAUCAGAAGGAUGUUGCAGAAAAGGAUUCAGGAAAGGCCAAGCACUCAGAUACGGAUGAUGAGAAAGGAUCGGCCGUCUCAAAAGGCAGCAGACCGAUGGACAGGUUGCUCCAAGUCUCCAGCCCUGGCUGCGCCUCCAUAAGCAGCAGCAGGAGCAGCUCCAGCCGUCAGCGUAAGAACUACUCCUUUACCAGCGACGAGGUGCGACGCAUUGAACGCGAGAACCAGCGGCUGCUGCUCCAGCUUUCACGCUCCCCCUCUCGCUCCUUGUCUCGUUCCACCAAUUGCUCCACUUCCCCUCCUGUACGCCUCUACCACACCACCCUCAACAGGCAGAAGGAGCAGCAGCGCAUCCAGAAAGAGAACCUGGCAUUCCUGAAGCGUCUGGAGUCGGUGAAGCCCACUCCAGGAAUGACCAGAUCAGAGCAGCUAGCAGAUUACCAGCGCCAAGCUGGGUACCUUGGAAUACAUGCACCUCCUACCAGACCUUCAUCAGGAAAGUCCUCCAGACCUUGCAGUACCACCAGACCCGACACGGCAAAACCCAGCAGAACCACAGCUCCACGACCAGCCUGGUCCUGACCCGGACUAUCUCAUGUAAACCUCUGCCCAGCCUUAGUCUAAUUCAUUUUUCUUUUUAUUCACCAUUUAAAGAAGAUCCAUUUUCUCGUAAUACAGAAUCUGACACCAGGGUUGUGAGGAGAGUGAGUUUGUGAUGCACAACAGGACCACAAGUAUGCCAUUUUACUCAGUUCAUAAGAAAUUCACAUUUUAAGAUCAAAGGUUUACAUGCACUUGUACAGGCAGCAGCCUCGUCUGUUUCCAAAACUAAAAUUUACUCAUAAAUAAAAGAGCAGUUGCAAAAAAUCCCAAUACUGUGUCUUACAAGUGUAUGCAAACCUUUGACCUAAACUGAAAUUAGUUCCGUUAUGCUUUUGGGUGUUUAAAAUAGCGGUUAGCUUUAGUUUAACUGUUCACUGUAAGAAGAGCGCUUUAUGUGUGAUAAUAGAAUAACAAUCAUGAAGUAUAAAUGAUAUACAAAUUAUAUAUUUGAUAUUGUUUUGUUUUUGAAAUAAAGGUAUAUAAUUUA